AUGUCUGCCGUCGCUAAUAAUGCCUUUGAUAACCGAAGGUGUGCCAGUCUGGCCCGGGGCUCAUAUAAAACUCUCCCGUCCGUAUCCACCCCCACCCCACCAUCUGCGAAAAUGUCGCCAAAAUCUUUCCGAGUCGUCGUUCUUCCAGGAGACGGAAUUGGUCCGGAAGUCGUCGCUGAAGCCGUCAGGGUUCUGGAGGUCGUUUCUGAGAAGUCGUCAAACUUCAAGCUCAGUCUUGAAUCUCAUCUCUUCGGAGGAUCUGCGAUUGAUGCUAGUGGUGAACCCCUUCCGGCUUCUACCUUGAAGGCUUGCCAGGAAGCGGACGCUAUCCUCAUGGGCUCAAUUGGUGGUCCCAAAUGGGGUGUCAACGCCAAAGUUCGGCCUGAACAAGGACUUCUUGCCCUGCGAAAGACUCUCGGUCUUUACGCGAAUAUCCGCCCUGCAAGUCUCGCCUCGGAGUCUCUGUUGGACUACUCUCCUCUCCGUCCGGAAAUUGCGCUUGGCGUCGACAUGAUCGUCGUCCGCGAGCUUAUCGGAGGUGUCUACUUCGGCGCACGAAAAGAGCAGAAUGUCGAACCGGAUGUCAAUGUUGCUUGGGACACUAUGAUAUACAGUGUCGAAGAAGUACAGAGAAUUACACGGGUCGCUGCGCAGAUUGCCUUGGCAGCCAAUCCUCCUCUGGUAAUCCACUCAAUCGACAAGGCCAACGUUUUGGCAAGCUCAAGGCUGUGGAGGAAGGUCGUAACGGAGACUUUGACAAAGGAAUAUCCUCAACUUAAGUUUGAUCACCACCUUGUCGACUCUGCUGCUAUGGUCAUUGUCUCGAACCCCAGAAAGCUCAACGGUGUGAUUCUGACAGAGAACUUGUUCGGUGACAUCCUGUCGGACCAAUCCAGCGUAAUUCCUGGCUCACUCGGCCUUCUCCCUUCAGCGUCGCUCGCAGGAGCGCCAUCUGUGCCUUCACCUAAUUUCAAGCCAACAUCCGGUCUCUACGAACCGAUUCAUGGUUCUGCUCCUGAUAUUGCAGGACAAGGGAUCGCCAACCCGAUUGGUACAAUUCUCAGUGCUGCGAUGCUGCUUCGGUACUCACUGGGACUGGAGGAACCCGCGCGGGCCAUCGAGCUCGCUGUGCAAAGAGUUCUUGAUAACCCAGAGGCUGGAGGGUAUGGACUGCGGACAGCGGAUUUGGGUGGCAAAGUGAAAACAAAAGGGAUCGGAGACAAGAUUGUGGAGGUACUGCACUCGUCCGUGUAA